AUGAGGACAGACUCUGGAUUUAACCCUUUUAUAUCAGACAUCAGCCAGCUGUCGGCCCAGCGUGUGGCGCUGCAAGUCCGGCGGUACGGGAAGGCCAGUGAGUCCGUCCCCCCCUUCAUCGAGGAGCUGGUGGUGCGCAGAGAGCUGACGGACAACUUCUGCUUCUACAACGAGAAGUACGACAGCGUGGAAGGGGCGUACGCGUGGGCUCAGAAGACGCUGCAGGAUCAUGCCGGAGACAAGAGGGAGUAUCUGUACACGCGGGAGCAGCUGGAGAAGGCCCAGACGCAUGACAAGCUGUGGAACGGUGCUCAGUAUCAAAUGGUGACGGAGGGGAAGAUGCACGGCUUCUUGAGGAUGUACUGGGCCAAGAAGAUUCUGGAGUGGACCCGCUCGCCAGAGGAGGCUCUCUCCAUCGCUCUGUACCUGAACGACCGCUACGAGCUGGACGGCCAGGACCCCAACGGCUUCGUGGGGUGCAUGUGGUCCAUCUGCGGCAUCCACGACCAGGGCUGGGCAGAGAGGCCCGUUUUCGGGAAAAUCCGCUUCAUGAACUACAAAGGCUGCCUUCGGAAGUUUAAGGUGGCCGAGUUUGAGAGGAAGUACUGUCCUAAGAAGCUGUGAGGCUCCUCCAGGACGUGUUGUCUCACCUCAGGGAGCUUCUCCACCACCUCCAGCAGUG